UAGCCGGCGCACGCGGCCACUUCUAAGCACACGCACCUUUGGCGCCAAACUUCCUCCUUUUACACACGUCACAACUCCCUUCGUCCCGGACUUGGAAAGUCAAAUGGGAGACUUCAGCCAUCUUGAUAUUUAAGCAGAAGACUUCUGGAGUAAAUAUGAUCGAAAUGGAAGGGCUCGACAUUGAAGACAUGAUUAAUGUUAAACUACUGAAAGAAGGUGGAGAAACGCUGGAGUGCAAAGUUGAACACUUGAUGGGAAAAUUAAGAAGGCUGCAACAAGGUAAAAGAGCUCUGGAAGAAGGAAUAAAAGAGCUAAUAUCUGUCAUGGACGUUUUGCAGAAAGAGCUCACAACCUUAGGAACUGAAAAUUACAAACUGGAAGGAAUCCAAAAAGAAAAAGAAGAUUUGUGCAGGAAGCUGCAAUUUCAGUGUGAGGAGUCUGAGCAGGACGUUGUGAGGUACUUGAAGCAGAACAAGAACAUCGAGGAACUGCUGGAUAAGUACCAAUGUGAAAUCCAGGAGUUGAAGCUUAAACACCGGAAGCAGCGGAUGAAGUUUGAAAACCAACUUUACCAACUGAUAGAGCAGCACAAGAAUCUGCACUCUCUCUUUAGCCCAGAAAGGCUCCCAGAGGAAAUAGACAGUGCAGAGAAUACAAAAAGUCAGCUGCUGAUAGCUGAACAGAUGAAGUUGGCCCAGCUGCACCGCCUCCACGAGGAGCUCGUUGAGAUGGAGAAACAGAUAUCAGAGUGAGAGUAUUCUUUGGGUAUUUCAAAGAAUCCUGAGGGUCCCUCAUUUCAUCCCCAGUUCGCUUUGUUCAGUUGUUGUCAGAUGAGAACCUGAAUUCUUCCAAAUUUUUGGCUUUGGGGCUCCAUCAGUUCAAAGGAUGCAGCAUCCUGCUGAACCCGGCUUAUGUGAGAAAUCUGCAAUAUUUUGUGGUAGAUUGUGUUCAAUUGCAGCAGUACCAACCUGUAUAGAUAUGUUCUUGUGUUCAUCUUAGUUACAUGUUGUGUAUUUGUUAAAUAAAAGGGAAUUCACUUC